GAACUUAACUGGAACAAAACAAACACGGAAGAAGAAGAAGAGUUCUGUUUUCCGACCUAGGAGUGAUCUACUUCUGAUCACCUUAUUACUUCAGGAAUCAUGAUUUCAACACUAAUUAUCACUAUAUCGAUCUGUUUCAUGUCUGUUCUUACAGCUGAAGUCCCUAUGCCUCAGAAUCUAAGAGUUAAAUCUGAAAACCUUGGUUUUAUUCUGGAAUGGGAUCCACCGCAGACAUCCCCUGGGAAAGACUUCAGAUAUACAGCUGAGUACAAAUCGUGGAAUGCGUUCAAUGCCGUUUGUGUGAAUGUUUCGUCAUUGAGCUGCGAUUUCACCAGCGAAGUCACCCUUUAUGGCAAUUACACACUUCGAGUACACACAGAGCUGAACGGAAAAAGCUCUGCUUGGAUGGAAAUUAAGUGUGAACCUUUGGAAAAAAUCACUGUUAUUGGUGCUCCAGAUGUGAAGCUGCAGAGCAGAAAAGGGAAAAUGGAGGUUGACAUCACAGAACCUGUGCUAAGGAAAAGCAGCCUUAAGGAUGCUUAUCCAACCAUGAAAUAUCAAAUUCGUUACUGGACUGAAGAAAAUAGGAAAGAGUUGGUGAAGUUGGUGGACCAGAGGAGAGUGAUGCUCUUGGAACUUUUACCAAACACACGUUACUGUAUGGAAGUCAAGAUCAUUAUGGAUUCUAAAAUAAAAAACAGCCUCCCGAGUAACAUAACCUGUGAAAUGAACACUGCCAGUGAUGAGGUGGCUUCAUGGCUCAUAGCUGUGGUGCUGUUUGUCAGUUUUCUGGUCACUCUGAUUUCUGUACUCCUGAUUUCCAUGACUGUGUGGUUUGGCUACAGAGGAAUCCGGUUUCUACACCCGCGGGCCAAAAUACCCGAGCACUUUAAACAGUACCUGACAGAGCGUCCCAGUUCAGCCAUGCUUCUAGCCAUGCAGAACAGCACUCAGCCCAAGGAGCCUUACCAUGAGAUCAGCAUCAUCACUGCAGAAGAAGUUCCUUCUGAAUCCACACAGAAAGAACACUCACAACUGACGUAAUGCAGACAUGAAGGACAUUUUCUCCGAACAGGAGAUCCAGCAUAGAGAUCCGGCAUAGAGUGGACUUCAGGACAUGAUUAAUUCAGCAGCUGUGAUGAAGGAGCUUCAACUGCAAUAACUUAUCUUCACUUUUAUAUUAAGAAGAACAUUUUCAUAUUCAUGUACAUUGUUAGCAUACAGACGAGUGAAAAAGUGGUUUAAAAAGCUUUUUUUAUCCCAUUCUCUAAAGGGACACUAGGAAAGAUUUACAGAAUUGCAUUUUUCUGCAUUGUUCGAUAUUUUUUUAAAGCGAGCAAAAUAUUUAGUGGAGUUUGAUUUUCAUAUUGCACUUUAUAAGAUAUUUUUAUUUUAUUAUACAUUUCCAGUAAACCUACCUACAGUAUUGCUGAUAUGUUUUGGGGUCAAUCCAAAGCUAAUCAGCACAUAACUUGUAAUAAGAUUAUACAGAUCAGCUUUUAUAAUAUCAUUUGAGUGUGUGUGUGUGUGUGUGUAUUAAUUGUUCCUCUGUUGUGAUUUUUAUCUAGUAUAUGAAUGAACAGAGAUUUUGGGAUAUUGAUUUGAAGGCUUGACGCUCAAAUCCCAGCACUACCAAUGUGGAGCCUUUUGGAUCAUCAACUGCUAUAUUGUUCAGAUUGUUUGCCCAAAUACAUUUAUCUGAUGAAACUCUUGUACUGUGUUAAUGUUGUGUUGAUUAGAAUUGAGCAAGGUUUUCUACUUUAUUGUGAUUACAGGUCUACAUGUAAACAGCAACACUUUGUUUUGUCAUGAAGUUCUUUGUAUGUGAAUAAAUAUGAGAGCCUGUGUGAUGAAGAAAGCUUUGUGCCAAACAGGUCCUCUAUAUUACAAA